GAUGAGCGUGUUGAGUAUGAGCUCUGGACGAACAGCAAUGACGAGUGUGGGAAGAAGUGUGAUACUCAGAUUGACUUUCUCAAGAAUUUCAAAGGAGCUGCUCAGAUUCUUGAGAAAGGAGGGCAUACUCAGUUCACGCCUCAUUAUAUUACUUGGUAUUGUCCUGAAGCUUUUACGUUGAGUAAACAGUGUAAGUCUCAGUGCAUCAACCAUGGAAGGUAUUGUGCGCCUGAUCCUGAGCAGGAUUUCACAAAAGGGUAUGAUGGAAAGGAUGUUGUCGUUCAGAAUCUACGUCAGGCUUGUGUCUAUAGAGUGGUGAAUGAAACUGGUAAGCCGUGGAUCUGGUGGGAUUAUGUGACUGACUUUGCCAUCCGGUGUCCUAUGAAGGAGAAGAAGUACACCAAGGAAUGCGCCGACGGAAUUAUUAAGUCCCUUGGCAUUGAUCUCAAGAAGGUAGACAAGUGUAUCGGAGACCCGGAAGCAGAUGUGGAGAACCCAGUUCUUAAAGCAGAGCAAGAGUCCCAGAUAGGUAAAGGUUCCCGUGGAGACGUGACUAUACUCCCAACUCUUGUCGUGAACAACAGACAGUACAGAGGUAAAUUGGAAAAAGGUGCAGUUCUCAAAGCUAUGUGUUCGGGUUUCCAAGAGUCAACAGAACCAGCUAUCUGUCUUACUGAAGAGUUGGAAACUAAUGAAUGUUUGGAAAACAACGGUGGAUGCUGGCAAGACAAAGCUGCCAACAUUACUGCAUGCCGGGAUACUUUUAGGGGAAGGUUGUGUGAGUGCCCUACUGUUCAAGGUGUUAAAUUUGUUGGUGAUGGCUACACUCACUGCAAAGCCUCUGGAGCUUUGCAUUGUGGUAUCAACAAUGGAGGAUGCUGGAGAGAAACCCGAGGUCUCUUCACUUACUCUGCUUGUGUUGAUGAUCAUUCAAAGGAUUGCAAAUGCCCACAUGGGUUCAAGGGCGAUGGAGUGAAGAGUUGUGAAGAUGUGGACGAGUGCAAAGAAAAAACAGUGUGCCAGUGCCCAGAUUGCAAAUGUAAAAACACAUGGGGAAGUUAUGAAUGCAGCUGCAAGAAUGGUCUGCUUUAUAUGCGUGAACAUGACACUUGCAUAGGUUCAGGCAAAGUUGGAACUACAAAACUCAGCUGGAGCUUUUUGUGGAUUCUCAUAAUCGGAGUUGGAGUUGCAGGUCUUUCUGGAUAUGCAGUCUACAAGUACAGGAUCAGGAGUUACAUGGAUGCGGAAAUUAGAGGGAUCAUGGCACAGUACAUGCCUUUGGAAAGCCAACCACUCAACACAAGUGGUCCUCAUAUGGAUAUUUGAAUGAAGUUAUCAACUCAAGCCAAAGAGACUCUUUCUAUGAGUAGCUUCUUUUAAGUUUCCAUGUAAAUGAGAAUCUAUGGAUUUAUGUAACUCUAGAAGAAAAGAAAAGAAAAAGAAAAAAAAGCCACAACAAUAAUAAGUGUUUCUGCACUUUUCGUAAGAGGUGUGGAUUUGCUGUUUGCAGGUGGAAGCCCCCUUUGGUCUGCAUAGUACUCUUACAAUGUAAAAUAGACAUAAAGGAUGAAUAAUGAGGAGAGAGUUUACAUUA